AUGGAGCGAGAUUUCACGCCCCUACCGUCUCGUCCCAAGGGCUUGACAAAAUCAAGCUCGGGCGCGUCUUUCGGUGGUGGCUCUGCAAUGUCGGUGCCAGUCUUGGGAUCACAUCCUCUAGGAACUCUUCACGUUCAUCAAGUCAGCGAAACGCCUCAUCAAGAAGAAGAAGAUGAUGACGGCCCCCCACCUCCUCUUGAUCCUCCCUCAACACAAAACGAGACCACUUCUUUAUACAAGCCCUCACAACAUGACUCUUCGAAAUCCUUCCACAGCCCGACUUGGGAACCUUUGGCACACCAUUUAGGUGGCGGUGACGUGGUUCUCAUUCUUAAUUUGCCUGAGGUGUUUACCGUUGGAUACGACUCUAUAUCAUUCACAGCCAAGCACUUUGGCGGCGUUAGAGAUAUACCCCCAGGAGCUCACUUCUUCUGGGUCGCCCAUCCCGGAGGCAUGUCUACUCGUUGUGGCUUUUGGGUUGUCGCAAACAAUACAAAUGCUGUUCACGUUAUGCAAUGGGACCGCUUCAACGAGGUUCUCGGCGACUCUGCUCGUGCUGAAGCACGCAUCCAAGCCAAUAACCUCGAAGCUAUCCACUCUAAGCUGGUCCCUUACCAGGACCCGACUGCGGUAAACGCUGCUCGUGGAGAUCUGACUCAAGCUGCCUCGCAAAGGAACUUCAACAUGUGGGAACAACUCGCCGGCAAGGUUAACGAGAAUCUCCUCAACCGAGUGACUGGCCAAAGUUACGACAACUGGACAGUUCAUACCGGCGAUCGUGUCAAGGGAUCAGUGCUCAUGGCAGCUGAGAUGGAACUCGAUAACUCACUCUCAAAUCCCAUGCUCAUGGCUCGCGAACUCAAUUUCGCUUUCAGUCAACGGACAAAGACAUACUCGACAGACAACACUGGUGCUGAUCGAACUCUCGAGGCUACAGACGCAACCCCUUACAUCCUAUCACUGGUCGAUGCACCUCAUAACGCCAUUACUUCUGACGAUGUUGUUAGCGAAUUCCAGUUCACCUUUGUCGUAGGUGUGCACCUUGGAAACGAUUCAUGUAUUCAGCAGUGGUGGCAUAUGCUACUGAAGAUAUUUCUUCGUGCCCAUCUUCUUCCUGCACGUCGACCAUCUCUCGCUGCUGCUUUCAUUCACACCUUGACUGCACAAUUAACGUACAGUGCCUCUUGGCUUGAGGGUUCGAUUUUAGACUCUGCCGAGUCACAAACCCAGGACUUGCGACUUGCACUUACUGUCUACAAGCGUCGUCUCGAGGAACUCAUGCAAGGCCUGGGUAACCAAGCCACGUCUGAGCAGCUAAGCGUCGGCACAGCCUUUGCGGGUCUUGAGGCUGUCGCAGCAGGCAUGCUCGAUUGGGAUCUACGAGGAGACUACUUGCGUCGUGGUAAUGUCAUGAUGGAGGAUGGCGAGGAAGUAGAGUUGGAAGAUGCGGAUAUGGCAGCUGAGGAUGAACGUGGCGAGUGGGCGCCAGAGAUUGUUGACCUGGAUGAGUCUGGCCGACAGCGUGAUCUUGUCUCGUGGAACGACUAG